AAGAAAUCAUUGACAAUUUUGGAAGAUGAAGUGAAGAAAAUAGCAGAUUGGUAUAUUCUAAACAACUGCAAUGAGAUCUUGCCAUAUCUUCGAGAGCAUAGGGAAAUUUUACAGACUAGAGGUGUUGAAAACCUAGACCAAUUACAUAGAGAGGAAUUUCCUAAUUGGUUUUAUAAUAAGAUUUAUCAUCUUCGACAAACAGGAUCCUUGGAAGUAGAUGAAGAAUUAAUCUCUUUAGCAAACGGUUCUUCAACUCGUGUUGCGUCGUACCCUGGGUGUGUUGUAAAUGGAGUAAGAUUUUUGUGUUAUGACAGGGACAAGAAUCGCAAAACUCAAAAUAGUGGAGUCUCUGUAGCGGGUGUCGAAAAUAGUACUUAUUACGGCCAGUUGGAAGAAGUUUUAGUGAUGUCUUAUCUUUCUGGUUGUUCUGUUGUAUUAUUUAAGUGCAAAUGGUUUGACACUAAUCGGUCUUCAGGAUUAAAGUUUGAGCAAAACAUAACGAGUAUCAAAACCAGUUCGGAGGCCUUCAAAGAUGAUAAAUUUAUCUUAGCAACUCAGGCUAACCAAGUUUUCUACAUUGAAGACCUUAAAAAUAAAUCUCAUUGGAAAGUCGUCCAAGAAGUGCAUCACAGAAAUGUGUGGGACAUCCCACUAGUUGAAGAACAAGCGGAGGAUGUAGAAGUAGAUGUUAUGCACGACACUAGUUCCUCUAAUUUCCAAUUAUUCGUUGAUCUUGGACCGUUGCCACAAAUCAGCUUUGAACGUACGGGGGCUCCAUUACAAUUUGUUGAGAUAGAUAAUGUUGCAAUUGAGGAGGAGAGGGAGGAGGAAAUGGAAGAAGAAGAGGAGGAGGAGGAAGAGGAAGUGGAGGAGGAGGAGGAGGAGGUUGAAUAUGAAGAUGAUGAAGAGGAAGAUGAACACAUAGAAACCGAUGAUGAUAGUGAAGAUUAUUAUAGUGAUAAUUAAGUGAUAUGGCUGAUGUUAUUGCUCAAUCUCACGGGGGUGAUGGUGGAGGAUGCGAUCCUCCACGUGGACCGGCAGAUAUCCCAGCUGAUUGUGAACGAGCGCCUCCAAGUAAACGUGGACGCCAUAAGGGAUUGAACACGCGGGAAAAGAGGGAACAGUUGGGGCGUCCUCUCCCUCUCGAGUGGGAUGUGCGGGGGAGAACAUAUAAAGAGAUCGGAGAGUACAGCUCAAAUUUCUCAAGAGAGCUCGGAUUACUUGUUCGACAGUACACAGAUCCGGACUGUCCUCAAUGGUCAAAAGUACCAAAUGCCUCGAAAGAAAGAAUACUUGCACAUUUGGAAGAUGAUUUGUUUGAUAUUGGGCGUACUAGAUAUGGAGAAGGGCAUAUGCCUGGGAUCUUGAGAGGCAUUGAUACUUCGUGUGCUAAAAAGUAUUCUGACUGGAAGUACGAUAUUAAAGAGCACUUAACGAUUAAUGGGCCACAAAAUCGUUAUGGUGGUUGCACGGAUACGCAGUGGCAAAAAGCAAUUGAUUUUUUCCGUCGCCCAGAAAUUACGAAACGUUCUGUGGUCAACAAGGAAAAUAGAAAGAAAUUGAAAGAGCUUAGCUAUGGAGGUUCUCAGUCAAUCCCAGCCUUACGCUAUAAAAAGCGCAAUUUAGAGACUGGGCAACUUGAGUCCAUCCCGGAUAGCUGGAUGGAUACUCACCAUAAAUCAGGCACAGGGUGGGUGACAGAGACAGCAAAAAAUACUUGGGAGGAAUUGCGUGCAUACCGCGACACACAGCAGACACAGGCAACUGAUACUGAGAGUUCCACACCAGUUUCGAGUGCGCCUGAAGAUGAAGACAUAUCUUUGGUACAAAAUGUCUUCGGAAAACGACGGGGCCACCAGAAAGGAUAUGGACGUAUCCUUAACAUAAGGGACCGAACUCCAUUUGAUUUUCGUCCUUCACAAACUAGAGAUGAAGAGUUGUCUGAGAUGAGAGAGCGUCUUCGACAGUUAGAGGAGCAUGUCCGGACUCAUUGUAUCACCCCGGGAUCUCAAUCUGCCCCACCACCACCACCCGAUGAUCCUGAUGUUGGAGCACCGACUCAGUAGGACUUAUGUAUGAAUUUUAUUACAAUUGACUAUUACAUUAUCAUGUUUAAGACAAGUCUUUAUUUUAAUUCAACGAAUACACUCUUAUGUUUUUUUUUAUAUCUUUAAUAUAAGUGUUUUAAUUUUA